CGUGGAGAAGAGCAGGCUGAGAGGUGACCUCAUCGCCAUCUACGGCUUCUUCAUGAUGGGCAGUGGCGUGGGAGGUGCUGAUCUCCUCCCUCUGUUGACCCGUGAUAGGACACGAGGACGAGGAGUGGAGCUGCCUGAGGGGAAGUUCAGGCUGGUUUAUAAAUGGUUCCUACUAAUAUACAAGAUCAGCUACGCCACUGGGAUCGUGGGGUACAUGGCUGUGAUGUUCACACUCUUUGGUCUCAACUUACUAUUCAGAAUCAAACCCGAAGACGCCAUGGACUUUGGCAUCUCCCUCCUCUUCUACGGUCUUUACUACGGGGUGCUGGAGCGGGACUUCGCCGAGAUGUGUGCGGAUUACAUGGCCUCGACCAUCGGGGUGAGUGGUGGCCGUGCUGUCCCCCAGGCGACAGCCCUGCCCCGCUGA